UUGAAGAUCCAGUCCGAAAUCGUGAUAAAGUUUUCAGCACUUUGAACGGGCAGUGGGAAGAAUUCAAGAUGUUUAUUACAUCGGUCACUAGUCAUCCACCUUUACCAACAUUUGUUGAAUUGCGGUCUCCUUCGUUGCAACAUGAAAAUCUAGUAUUGAAAAAGCACAAAAAAUGGUUGAUGGCAGAUUUGAAUCUUCUCAUGCUGUGUUAAUUGCUAAUGCUUGGAAUGAUGAAACUAAUCUCCAUCAAAGAGGUCGUGGUAUGAGGAAGAAAUUAUUGGGGAAGAGGUUAUGGUCGUGGCCAGAACUCGUUCCUUAAUCAAAGUGGUCAUAGGCAGAAUUAUAAUAUGGAUCAGGGUGCACGAGGACAAGUUGGCACAGGUCGUGGUCAGUUCAGAGGCAAUCAGGGUCAUAGGUUUACUAGUCAAGCAGGGAUUAUUUGUCAAACUUGUGGAAGAGCCAAUCAUUUAGCCAAAUAUUGUUGGGAUCUACAGAAAUAUGCAACCAACUAUUCUGAAACUGAAAUUGCAGCACUCACUAGUGGAGUUGGUGGAGUGACAUUAUUUGAACCAACUGAAAAUUCACGGGUUGUCGAUUCAGGUGCUGCUAAUCACAUUGCAAACGCACCAGGAACAUGCCAACAAAGUAAAGUUCGCUGAAGAAACCAGAAGAGGAAGAUUGUACUUGAUUGAAGAUCUUACUUGAAUGUAUCCAACUUUUGCCUGUUCUGUGGUUGUAGAAGAUAAACAGUUUUCCCUAUGGCAUCAUCGUCUUGGUCGUCAUUCGUUGGAGUCUUUCAAAUCUUUAUGUAGUGUCAGGUCAUUAGCUUUGAAAAAUAUCUCUGAUUGUAAUAAGUUUGCCAUGCUUGUCAAUUCAGCAAACAGUAUUGAUUGCCUUUUCAUUUGUCCAAUAGUGAGUCGAGCAGACCGCUUGAGUUAAUUCAUAGUGAUGU